AGGGAUCAAUUGAUAAUAUGGGUCAUAGUUUAGGGAUAUGGUGGAUUUAACCCUUGAUUUUUUUAUGGUUUUCCGGACAAACGACGUCACUUGCACAAAAGAAAGUGAGCCAAUCUAGCCCACAGAAAAAACCGGGAUAUAGGUCGAAAUUCCAGAUUUGCUCCAGAUUUUAGAAUAACAAGAGUUAUUGUUCUUUUUUUCUUUUUUUUUCCAAUAUUAGCCCUCCCAGUGCCUCCCUCUCGUUUUCUUGAUUUUGGGGUAAAAAUUUGAUCCUUUUCUUCUAUGAUAUGAAGUGGAUGAUGCCUUGAAUUGCAACGAUAUCUCACCGUCCUCCACUCUCAGAUCGUCGCAGUUUUCUAGCUCGAUCCGUUUGAUUUUCCGGAACCCGAAAUCCGACCCGGAGGUUGAAACGAUGUUUCUCUUGGAUUGGUUCUACGGCGUUCUUGCUUCCCUCGGUCUAUGGCAGAAAGAGGCUAAGAUCUUGUUUCUCGGCCUCGAUAAUGCCGGUAAAACCACACUGCUUCACAUGUUGAAAGACGAGAGAUUGGUUCAACAUCAGCCAACUCAGUAUCCCACAUCUGAGGAACUUAGUAUUGGGAAAAUUAAGUUUAAAGCUUUUGACUUGGGUGGCCAUCAAAUUGCUCGCCGAGUCUGGAAAGAUUACUAUGCUAAGGUGGAUGCUGUGGUUUACCUUGUAGAUGCCUAUGAUAAAGAGAGGUUUGCAGAAUCGAAGAAGGAACUCGAUGCACUGCUUUCGGACGAGGCCCUUGCCAAUGUCCCGUUUCUUAUCCUAGGAAACAAGAUCGAUAUACCAUACGCUGCCUCGGAGGAUGAAUUACGUUACCAUCUGGGCCUCACAAACUUUACCACAGGCAAGGGGAAGGUAAACCUAGCAGACUCAAAUGUCCGUCCGCUAGAGGUAUUUAUGUGCAGCAUAGUCCGCAAAAUGGGAUAUGGGGACGGCUUUAAGUGGAUGUCUCAGUAUAUCAAGUAGGGUAAUGGCUAGAAAGAUGCAUUAAGACGAUCUUAGACUUCCAAGCCCCAAUUUCAGGUAUAAAAAAAUGUAUUCUUUUAAACUGUUUGAGCUGACCCCUAAGUGGGUUUUAAAUUUGAUGCUAUUUGGUGUUGGAUGUAUAUAGGAAGGGAGGUUAUAUUCUCACUGCUCUGUAAAAUCUCUACUUGUGGCGGCAUAUCUCUGGUACUGUAGUUGUCUCAAUGAACUUCCAUAUCUUCUUACUAUAAUGAGUUUGUUUUCGCUAGAAAGUAAUGUUUUCAUUAGUUGCGUUAUGUUGUAGCUAUGUCAUUGAGUCAUAGGGUUAGUGGCAAAGAUGGAAAAGUUAACUGUUAAAAUUAGGCUUUUUGUCAACUUUCUCAUCAUUUGAGCAUAUUUAAAAUUUGUACAUCAAAUUGGACGGUUCAGAUUUGUAAAGAUAAUGUUAAUAAAUCUGAGGAAGGUUAAUUCUCUUUCUAA